AUGGGUCUAUCGCCGUCCGGGAACCACCAUCGACGGCGCAGUUCCGUGCUGACAGCCACGGGAGGCCCGUCCCAAUCAGUGUCCAUCGACCAAAGGGAUGAGAAUCCGAGGUCUGUCAGCGACAGUGCUACCCAUCGACGGGAAGAACAAAAGGCCGCCGAGGACGCGGAUGUCUCUGAUCUCUCCUCAAUUGCGGAAAGCGUCGAGAUGGAUUUCAUAGACUCGGAUGACGACCUGAAUGAUGACGAAGAAACCGGGCUCACGGCCAAACAGAGACGGCAGAGACGACGACGGAGAAGACAACAACGCAGACAGUUGGAUGCCCGCAUCGCCGAUGUGAAGGCGUCUCGCGACUUCUUGUCCAUGGGACUGGCAGAUCGAAAUGUCAUGCGGCGACUGCUCGUGAAUCUCGGUCUCAUCUUGCUGUGGUAUUUCUUUUCGCUCGCCAUCUCGAUUUACAACAAAUGGAUGUUCUCCGAAGAUGAGGUCGUUUUCCCGUUCCCUCUGUUCACUACCAGCUUGCAUAUGCUAGUCCAGUUCACUCUCGCCUCCAUCAUCCUCUACUUCAUACCGUCCCUCCGUCCGAGGUCCCUUCCCGUCGCGUCGCCAUGCGGCUCCCCGACGAGGGACGAUGAUACCUUGGAAUCCAGACCGGUGCUCACCAAGGUCUUUUACUUUACUCGUUUAGUGCCCUGUGGUGCGGCAACCUCCUUGGAUAUCGGUCUCGGCAACAUGUCGUUGAAAUUCAUCUCACUCACUUUCUUAACCAUGUGCAAAUCCUCCGCUCUCGCCUUCGUUCUCCUCUUCGCCUUUCUGUUCCGCCUCGAAACCCCGUCUGUCAAGCUGAUCAUCAUCAUUGCCACGAUGACAAUUGGUGUCGUCAUGAUGGUUGCAGGAGAGACCGCUUUCAACGCGGUGGGUUUUGUCCUGGUGAUUGCGUCCGCCUUCUUUUCGGGGUUCCGAUGGGGUCUCACACAGAUCCUGCUUCUCCGGCACCCGGCCACCGCCAACCCUUUCUCGACCCUGUUCUUUCUCACGCCCGUCAUGUUCAUCUCUCUGAUCGUCAUCGCCAUGGCCGUGGAAGGCCCCUCCCAAAUCGUCACUGGGUUCAUCGCCCUAACUGACGCUCAUGGAGGCAUGUUUGCCGUGUUCCUUCUCAUUUUCCCUGGCAUCCUGGCAUUCUGCAUGAUUGCAUCCGAAUUCGCCCUGCUCAAGCGUUCUUCCGUCGUCACACUUAGCAUCUGCGGCAUCUUUAAAGAGGUGGUCACAAUCAGUGCGGCCGGUGUGGUCUUCCAUGAUCAGCUCACCCUAAUCAACAUUGCGGGCUUGUUUAUCACCAUCAGCAGCAUUGCUUCCUACAAUUACAUGAAGAUCUCCAAAAUGCGCUCCGACGCUCAACAGGCCUCGUGGGAGGGAAGCCCUGAUCUUGACUCGGACAGUGAGGACACGUAUCGCCCCGGCGAGCGUGGAGGCUACCAUCACGUUUCCAGCCCAGAAACAAGGAUGGUGCAUUCACCCGACGCAGAGGACAACGUCAAUAUUACGCCUGCGGACGAUUUGACUGAAGGUGGUCACCGGUCAUUCCGGGUUCGUGCGAGCGGCGCAAGCAGCAGUACUCAUGGGCUCAAGAUAUCCACUGCCAACUUGAGCGACAGCGAAAGCCGGCCGUUUUCUCCUCGGGCGUCCGGACCCUCCCCCCUGAGAUCCGCUCCUCCUAUCGUGUUCUCCGGUGAAGCUGAGCUUCAAGCAGCGGGUCGCGGCCCGAGCCCUGGAAAUCAUUUGCAAUCAUCACCGGAGAGGCUGUCUCCACCUGUUGGUCGUUAA